AUGGCCAAUCCUGCACCAGAAGGCUUGCCGAUGCUGCCCCAUCAGUAUCUUGCAUUGCCGCACCAAACGACUAGCGGUAGCACCAUUGCUCCUUGUCUCAACUCUCCUUCGCAGUCUUCACUCCAGUAUGCCGACCAACCACCAUCUGAAGAGACAACCCAGCCCCCAUCUCGAGAUUCCUCUGUACCCGAGUCGGACGGCGGAAGUCACAGCAAGCUGUGGCACGUUUGCUACAAUGUUGGGCUUUCGGGCCUAUUCCUUGUCGGCAAACUAUUCAAAGGGGAUACCGACGGCAGGGAGUUGAAGAAGGUCGUCAUGCACAAACGAAGGCGCAUGGUGUUGCUGCGAAGUGUGAUACACAUCAUCCCUGCUGCCGCUGCUGUGCUGCUCCUUGCCUUCAACGGGGCGUCUUACUACAUCGGUGGGGAGCUGGCGGGCUGGGAGGACCAGGACGACCAGAAGCUGGCCGCCCUGCAGUUCGCGGCGAAGGUGCACGAACUUUGGAUGCUCUUCUCGCUCACAUCGAUUCUUGUCACUUACAUCCGGAAGGAACUCGUGUUCGGAGACGGCGUUCCUUUUGCCGCCCUCCUGUCUCUUAGCCAGUUCCACGACUUGGCCUAUCUUUGGUCCAGGGACCUAUGGGGUAUCUUGACUCACAAAUGGCAGAGCAAGAAGAAGAUGGCGUCGCUAGUCUCGCUGAUCGUCCUAUGCACUCUUCUUGGUUUUACCGUCGGUCCCUCUUCGGCUAUCCUUAUGCAGCCCCGGCUCAGGGAGUGGCCAGCCGGGGGGACGUCGUUCUGGAUCGACAGGAGUCUCGGCGAACUCUAUCCGACCAUUAUGAACGCCUCGGCCAGCAUCUCUCACUGCCUACUCUACUUCUCGUACUGGGGGCAAAUCACUCCGAUGGGAACCAUGCCCGAUUUCGUACAGGUGUCUAGCCGGUACUCCCAGAGAGUCCUGAACUCCAAGGUCCGGGCGCCAGCCAACGACGACAAUGAGUUGCUCUACGUUGAUGCCUAUACGCUCAGCUCCGUCGCGCUCGCUCCUGUUGCAGACGCCGCCGCAGAGUUGCUCCGCUUAUGGAAGAGGGCCGUCCAGAAACAAAACUCGCGCCUACGGUACAACUUGGAUGAGAUCUUCAAUAUAUUUACCAAGCAACCUAUCGUGUUCGCAAGGUGCGAGUCAAAUCCCCCGACCGCUUCCGGGGUCCAGCUUCCUGUACUCAGCAGCAUUCCCAGGGUUGUUGGCCUGGUUGAGCAUGCCAUGGAGACACAAAGCCUCUCCUACGAUAACGACUUCGCAAAUUUCGCAGCGCUCAGGGACGAAUUGGAGCCGGCGUUGGACCCAAGUGCCGGCGCUGGUAGUCUCCCAUCGGUUUUCUGGGUCGGCGACCCAGCCCUGCUUGAGCGCGUCAACGCUUCCAUAUCAGCCGUUGUUGCCAUUCCGAGGUACGGGGAUUCCCCCGGGCCGGCAGCGAGACUCUACGGUUGCAGCAUCACCGCUGUGCUGGGGGACACCGCCACGGAAACUCGAACAAACAAGUUGAAGAUCGUGGACGGCUGGCCGCAAAAUUACACCAACAGCGGUGUCUUCAAAGAAGCCUACCAGCCCGUAGGGAUCGACCCAGCCUGGGCGCGCUACCUCAACCCUUCCGACCCUUUCACAAACUCGAGCGCGCUCGCGCAGAUUCUGGCCUCAGCAGGCAUGUGGAACGGGUCCUGGCCGGCCAUGCCGGGGUACGACGAGAUCAUCCUGGAGAACAUUCUGACGACGCUCAUCGCAAACGGCAUUGCGCGGGCCAACUAUCACGCGGGAGUCCGCUGGGAUCUACUGAAGGACCCGGUCAACCCGGCAAGCCUCUGGUCCGGCGGUGGUUGGACUUCCGAGAUGCUGCCCCGUGGCGGCGGCGUCGGGAAAGGGGGGCAGGCAUUCCACGACCCGACCGACACGACGGGCAAUGCCCGAUUCACUCUGGAGGUCAGAGCCAAGGGGUACGCCUAUUCCGCGUCCGGGAAGACGCAGUUAGCGGCGAUGGUAGUGCUCGGGACAUACGUGGCUGUGGUGGUGGCCCAUGUGGCGAUCUCUCUCAAGACGAAAUGGUCGUCGGCGGUGUGGGGGUCCCCCCCGGAGGUGGCCGCCCUGGCGCUGAACUCGACGCCCCCGGCCGUGUUCCGCAACACCGGCGCCGGGGUCUGGAACGUCGACGUACACCGGCAAACGGUCCGCGUCAGGGCGGUCGAUGGCCGUCUAGAGUUGGUGUUUGACGGCGUGGACGAACGGCACGGAACAGUGCCGCUCCCAGACACAAAACGGAUCGCUACGGCACGCUGCCACGCUUCCCAACCGACUGAAGACUACGAGAUCGCAGCACUUCAGCAGCAGUCGGAAGAUCCCGAAGCCAGGCCUCUACAACCGUUUGUAGAAUGCUGUGCGGUCUUCAGGGAGCAGAGAUUGGAACGAGGUUUCCAAGGAACCAUCGCGGACUACGAGCGCGAUGCAUGGCAAGAAGAGCCAGAGUCCAAGAUCGCAGGAUUGCGACUUGAAGGAACGAGACUCUGGUACCACGACAAGGCCUACGUCAGGCCCAGCGACCAAAAGGAGCUCAUUCGAAAGAUCCACGAGUCAAAACUCGGAGGGCACAUGGGAAUCGGCAAAACAAUUGCGAAAGUCAAGCAGAAUUACGACUUCCCAGGAAUCAAGCAAGCGACAGAAGAAGUCCUGGCAGAUCGCAGAACGACCAUGGAGCUCGGUGACGAUGGAUUUCAUCACCAAGCUUCCAACAUCGAAGGACUCAGCGACGGGAACGAAGCAGAUUUGCGACAAGGGCCCGACGUUUCGGUGCCCAGAGCGGCAGUCAAGGCCGACAGAAUGAGCCCGCUGCAUGCGAUGCUCAAGGAAGAACUCGAGUUCUUACGAACCAGAAUGAAGAAGUUCUAUGACAGAAACAGGCUCGAGGGACCUCGCCUAGAAGAGGGGGGCAGAGUUUAUCUCAUUUCUCGAAAUCUAUUCAAGGUCGACAAAAGAAUUUCGGAAAACAAUUGCGCACUCGCGUUACCCUCAACGAUGCGACUACGGACCAAUGUUUUCCACGUUUCACUUCUGGAGCCAGCGCCCAAGAAUGCACGGCUCGACAAAGGCGUUGAGGCGGAAGAUGAGGAAGAAUUCUGGGACGUAGAAGAAAUCCUGGAUUCACGCAUCACGCGAGGACGAAUCGAGUACUUGGUCAAGUGGCAAGGAUUCGGCCCUGAAGAUAACUCAUGGCAACCCGCUACGAACUUCAACUGCCCCGAGGAGUUGGAGAAUUUCCAUCGGAGGAACCCGGAUCGACCAAAGGAAGCCCCGCGGAUAGAUCAACCCCGGCGAGGAAGGGGUCGCCCGAAGAAAAACUAA